UUUCGCAGGAGGCGGUAAAAAAAACUACAGCUUCCGCCCUGUGUGACGCCCCUGCUUUCAGCCAAUCACAGUCCGCCUCUGGAGGAGGAGCUUGUGAAUGUUUUGAUGUGUCGCUUGCACGUGGAGGCACGAGUUCUGACAACCUCCAGUGACGACAUGUCAGCGGCAGGUCAGACUAGUGGAAGCCGGGAUAUACCAGCUGUCAGGCGGGUAGCCGUCCUCGAGGCUGCACACAUGCCCCAGGAAUACUCCACCACCCCCGGAGGGACCAUGUUCAGCACGACGCCUGGAGGAACUCGGAUCAUCUACGACAGGAAAUUCCUACUUCAGUGUCGGACUUCUCCUCUGACUCGCACACCUCCAAAACUCCCCGACAUCCCAGGAGUCACCACGUCACUCAAACGGGAGUCCUCCACCGAGACAAACCAGCUGACUGAGAGCAGUGAUGCUGAGCAACAUAGCUUACAUGCAGAGACUGCAGGAGAUGACGCCCAGUUUGACUUGGACAUCUGAAGAAGAUUAUAAUAAGUCAUUGCAACGUCAUCAUCAGUGUUUAUAGCUAGUACACAAGAUUUUUUUUAGACCAGUCCUAUUAAAAACUUCAGAGUUUGGAAUGUCUAAUCAGUCUUUUAAAAAGGGAUUUACAUUCAUAUUGUAAUGAAUGUGCAUGAGAGAAUAUGACACAAUGUCAUGAUGGCUCAUGACGGUUUUGGAAAAUUGUGUUUUUCUUGUGUUUUAGUGUUUUUUUCCUGUCCAUCGCUCUAUUUUGGUUCCUCUUCUGCUUUUUGGUCUGUCCUGCUGUUAAUUUUACUUCUGCUUCCAUGCGCUGUUCUCACCUAAUCCUGAUUACCAACCAAGAGGGUUUAUGUGCCAGUGUCACUGUUUCUUGAGCUGGACGCUAGUUCAUUGUUCAGAUUUUGUUUUUGCCUGACCUUGUCUUGGCUAGCCUUGCCUUGUUAUUGUCACAUUUUUCCUCACUCGUAAUCUACUUCUGUAGCCACGCUGGUGCUUCCUCCUUUUUUGUCACUAAUAAAAGUACCUUUUGCUUGCA